AUAAUACAUUCACUUAUAAGCAUGCAGCCCAAUCUAGAUACAAAGGCUUCACCCAAGAUGAAUUGACGCAUAACACAAUUUGAAUGACUUGAACAGAUCGGAUGAUUAUCUGAAUUAAAUGGAUUAUGAAUAAAUAAAAAAAGUCACACGUUAAAAAAAAUGUACUGCUCUUUUAAAGAAAUGAAGUAAUAAGUUGGUACCAGAGGUGAUGCAUUUCUUGUCUUUGCGCUAAAAUAUUCGGCAUUUAUGGGACUCGUGACAUUAAGGUGUGGCACUGCCAAUUUGCGCCGCUUUGUGAAACUGACGUGCAUUUUAACAUGCCAGUGUAGUUUAUUAAUCUCCACUGUACAGCCAAGCAUUACACCACACUAGUUUUUAGUCUUUGUGAAAUUGUCUUGUUCUAAUAGCAAGAUGAUUUACAUUUUAUGACUUCAUCUGAAAAGCAGGCUGUGUCCUAAGACAGUCACUGCAAACGGAGCUAUUUUAGAGGAUAGCAUUUCUAUUUCAUAACAAAGUUCAAUCAAAUAGCUAGUUUAGAAAAAAUAAACAAAAAGCAAAAAUGCUGUCAGCCUAGCUGAAAAUGUGUCUCAUCUCCGAAGGCACCACGGGUCUGGUUACCUGGUGGGAGGUUGCCUUGUACCUGGCUGAAUGGGCUCUGGAAAACCCCCACAUCUUCAAAAACAAGACAGUGCUAGAGUUGGGUAGCAGGGUUGGACUAACUGGCAUUGUAGUGUGUAGGACAUCCAGCCUAAACAAAUACAUCUUCAGCGACUGCCAUCAAACUGUGCUCCAGAGGCUG